AUGGAAUCAGGUGAUAAUGGUGAUGAUAAUUGGAACUUCGACAAAGGUGAUGAGUCUCAUGUCACCGACGAUCAAGUUAGCACUCCGGUUGAAGUCGGCUCAAAGCUGAGUGACACUGCGGGUGCUCCCUUCACUGAUAGGGUUUUAUAUCGCAACUUAGCCGGUGUCUUACAGUAUCUCACCAUCACUCGACCGGACAUCUCAUAUGCGGUUCAACAAAUUUGUCUCUUCAUGCAUGCACCACGCGAGCUGCAUUUCCAGCUUCUAAAACGGAUCCUCCGGUACAUCAAAGUCACAAUCUCUCAGGGUCUCAUUAUUUCUCCCACCUCAACCAACAAACUAACCGCCUAUUCAGAGGCGGAUUGGGGUGGGCGCCCAGACUCUCGUAGGUUAACCUUCGGCUACUGUGUGUUUGUGGGUACUAAUCUUAUUUCGUGGUCGUCAAAGCGUUAG